GAUUUGAAACUCGUGAAAACCAUCAUGAAUUUAGAAAUUGAUUUGGAAAACGUGUGCAGGAUCUGCCUAUCGGAAUCCGAUUCGAAACCCUCCUUGCACCACAUCUUCUGUGACAUCAUCGUGGAAGGAACGUUGGUGUCCUUCCCGUACGUGGUCGACUUUUGCUUGGAUUUGAAGAUUGGGCAAGAUGCAGAAGGUGCUCCCAGCAAGAUUUGCCAAGCUUGCCGCUCGCAGUUGGUCCAGUUUUACUCGUUCAAGCAAAAGAGCCACAGGACGGACAAGCUAAUCCACUCGUUGUUGCCAACCGAGCCGCGACCUCAAACGAAAGUAGAAUUAUGCUCGGUCAAGGAAAACACUUUCAUUUACGAACUGUCCGAGGAGUUGUUGAGCGAAUCAGAAGGGACCCCGUCGUUGGUGGCCGAACCGAACGCCGGCUCAUUAGUCUAUGAUAACGAGGAAUUCAUGCUAGAAGACGAGCUCAUUGAGGAAUCAGUGAUGCACCUCGAAACAUCCCCUUCUAUGGAGCAGUAUGAUGAUUCAUUGGAAAACGAAAGCCAGAUCCAACAGGACACUGUAGAGGCAGGAGAAGAGGGUACGGAUGCUGAAUCAAGUAAUAUCGAGGAAGGUGACUUUGAAUCAAAUAAUGCCGAUAGCACAACCCACUUCGAAGAGCCAAACAAACAAGUGCAGCUAGUAAGUGUCGUUCCGGUUCCAAAUAAUACGAUGGGAAAGGAAUUAAAAUGUACCAUCUGCGCCACAACCCACCCAACGAAAAGUUGUUUGAAGCGGCAUGUGCGAAAACACAGGAACGCUGAUAUUCUGCUCAAGCACAUGAGCUUCUACUCCUGCGAGGUUUGCCAUUCGCUGUAUCUGAACGAAGAGGAGCGAAACGAACAUACGCAAGCAUGUGCCAAUUCGUUCGCAAACAAUGAUGAAACACUAUCGGAGCGCGGUCAGCAUCUUGAUGAUGGUGGAGGGCUGUGUGGCGUCUGUAAUGUGUCCUAUGUCCGCAGCGAACUGUUGAAACACCACAUGAUACUGACGCACUUGCACAAAUAUCCCUGCCCAUAUGUGGACUGUGGCUGCGAAUACCAUUCACUAGCAGUGCUCGCUCUUCACCUUACCAACAAGCACGCACAAUCGACGGAAUCCACCUGCUGCCAUCGGUGCAAAGAAGAAGUUCCUCGAGAAUCCAUGGAACAGCAUCUAGAAUCGUUCUGCAAAGCUAACAAGCAAUUCGAUUGUACACACUGUGAUAAAACAUUCCUAUCCUCUCGAGCCCGUGCACAACACCUCAAGCAACUGGAGCAAAGGUUCCAGUGUACGCUGUGUGGGAAGUCGUUCGCUGCGCUGGCGUCAUUGCGAUCACAUCAACUAAUACACACGGGAGAAAAACCGUUUCUUUGCACCGUUUGCGGAAAGUCGUUUAAGACGGCCAGCCACCGGUCCGCUCACAUGGAUACGCACAUUAAGGGAAAGUCGUUCAAGUGUGAUUUGUGUGGCAGGUUUCUGCAAUCGCGUGGCUGCUUCCGGAACCAUGUGAAACGACACCGGACGGAGAAGAGCCAUCGGUGCGAUAUCUGCGGCAAAAUGUUCUACUGCAAGUACAGUGUCCGGGUGCACCAGAAGGAGGUACAUAAGAUGAAAACUGUUACUCAAGCGGAUGAAUGAAAGAGGAAGGGGGCAUUUUCGUUGUCGAACCUGGUUACUUAAUGUAUGAA